AACUCAAAACGUCUUGUAACUCUAAUUGUCGUGAGUGCUUAGAGGAAUGCACCCUAUAUUCAUCCAAGAUGUGUUUCAAGGUCUUGACAAUUUCGUACUGUCUUUUUUUAAAAUAAUAUUUUCCUAUUAAAAUUAUCUAAUCAAGAACAUAUAAAGAAAUGGAUAUCCUAAAUAUUAAAGAAGAAAUAAAUACUUACGAGGAUUUUCCAUCCAUUGUCGAUAUUGGGUCGAUUGGUGAAGUAUCUACACUAACAAUUCAAAAUGUAAUUGGAAAUGUGGAUGGAAUUCACCCAAUAAAACAUGAAAUAAAAGAUGAAUUAGAUACAGUGGAAGUAUUUAAUAACCAUGUGAAUAUAGAUAACAAUCAAAAAAGGAACAUUUCUAGUACACACAACAUUAGAAAUCAAAAGGACUAUUUAAAAAUUGACGGUGAAAACAGAAGUAAAUCCAAAGUUGCAGGACUGUUAAGCAAAUGGAAAUAUAUCCAACCAAACUCUAUGGGGUUAAUGAUAUGUGAAUAUUGUGGGAAUUUAUACACAAAACAAGUGGAAUUUUUAUUUCACUUUUCCACAUGCCAUUGUAUAAAAAGAAAUAAGAUUAAACUUCACCAUAACAAUUCCGUUUUAAAAAAGAUUGAUGUAAAAGAAGAAAUUGGAAUAGUUGAACACAAAUUUAAACAAGACUUGCAGGACACCACAAACCAGUUGGAUGUUACUGAUAAUUUAAACACAUAUGCACACGAGAAUUCAAAAUCUUUUGUAGAGGAGGAAACUCAUCCAAAUAUACAGUUGAAUAUUUGCACGGGAUCAAAACCAUUUUAUUGUGUUAUUUGUUUGAGAACUUUUACACGUAGAAGUAAUUUAAGCAGCCAUUUUCGUAUUCACAUCAAAGAAAAACGAUUCAAAUGUGAUUCUAAUGAAACUGUUCAUAAAAUGAAUUUAAAUAAGUAUUUGCCUAUAAGAGAAAAGCCAUUCAAAUGUGAAAUUUGUUUGAAACUAUUUUCCCGUAAAAAUAAUUUGAAUACACAUAUGCGUAGCCACACAGGGGAAAAACCAUUCAAAUGUGACGUUUGCUCUAAAAUUUUCUCACGGAAUGCUACUUUAAUCUCACAUUCACUUAUUCACACAGGGGAAAAGCCAUUUAAAUGUGACUUAUGCUCAAAAACGUUCUUAAUGAAAAUUCAGUUGACCACACAUCUACAUAAUCACUUUGGAGACAAGCCGUACAAAUGUGACAUUUGUUUGAAACAAUUUUCACAUAAAGGUAAUUUGAACACACAUAUGCGUAGCCACACAGGGGAAAAACCGUUCAAAUGUGACGUUUGUUUGAAAACUUUUUCGCAGAACGCUAGUUUAAUCACACAUUUACGUAUCCACACAGGGGAAAAGCCAUUUAAGUGUGACGUUUGCUCGGAAACUUUCUUACAGAAAAUUCAGCUGACCACACAUCUACCUAAUCACUUUGGGGACAUGCCUUACAAAUGUGAUAUUUGCGAAAAAAAGUUUUCGCGGAAAAACAAUUUGAACAGACAUUUGAUUAUCCAUACAGGAGAAAAGCCAUUCAAAUGCGACAUUUGUUUGAAACGUUUUGCGCAAAAAAGUGGUUUGAAUACACAUUUACUUAGUCACACCGGUGAGAAACCAUUCAGUUGUGACAUUUGUCCAAAGUCUUUUGCACGAAAAAGUUGUUUGAAUAAACAUAUGUCCAAUCACACAUUGCAAGAGACAUUCAAAUCUGCUUGAUAAAUUAUUUAACAUUAUACAUAGACAAAUGAUAAAGAUUCAGCUACAUUUGAAAAUGUAUGUCCCCUCCUCCAAAAAUGAAGUUGUAUUACUACUAUCCACAAUGUACGAAGGGACAGAAAUUGCCAAAAUUAACAAGUGGGCGUGUGCUGUAGGCUCUCCCACUACACACUCCGCCAUUAUUGAUAUUCAGGCGUCAGUCGGCGUUGUGCUACGGCCACGUAAACAUCUUUCUCACGAUGUUAUCGACAGACAACAAAUGAUUUGCUUAGAAUUUAUUUUUAUAAAUGUUUAAAAUCGGUUUUUUUUUCAUUAAUAUUAAAAUGCAGUUUUUUUUAUGUCUUUUUAAAUCGAUUGUGGCAGUACAAAUUUGGAUUUCCUUCAGCUGUAUCAGUAUCUGACAUUUUAAAAAUAUUAAACUUGAAAUACACAGUACACCAAAGAUCUUUUAAAAUAUACUAGCACACAACGAAACUGACCCUUGGGACCCUGUAGCGAUAAAGCAAAAACUAUUAAUACCUUCGCCUGAUUGCAGUUAAAUCUGAUUGGCCAGCGUACAACACGUCUGGGUUAAGUUUUUUUCUCUGAAACGGCGAUUUUUCGUCUAACUUGAAUGGACUAUACUUUAUAGACGUUCCACACAGAUGGUCUAAAGAUGUAUCAUUUUUGUAAUUCAAGCUUAGAGCCCUAGAUGGAUCUGCUAGCAUAACUACAUAUCAAGUUGGGGAAUUUGAGACAAAAUGGGAUAAUUUGAUGUUGGUAGAAAUGUUUCUCUUGAUGACUCAUUAUUGUUGGGUUAUGCUCCGUGUUUGUGUCCUAUAAACAAUAUUAAUUAAACUGCAAUUGAUGAAUUUUAUUAAAAUUGGGUAUAAUUACUAAAGAUCUAACAUUUAAAUUAGCUAUUUUUGUAUGCAAUAUUUUGUUUAAAAAAAUAUAUAGCUUCUUCAA